AUGUAUUUGCCAGCACUUCGCUUAGCAUGCUGGAUCUUAAUUGGUCUUAGGUCUACGGAGGCUUUGGAGACUUCCGAGAGAGAGAUCUUUGCUCUCAAGCUGGAUAAAUCCUGGCUUCCAACGUUUCUAGAAACGUUCCAAGAUAAGUUCAGGUAUGAAAGACAGAUCAACGGUUUGGAUGACUACCAUGUUUUUUCACACAGUAAGAACGAAGAGUUUCAGUUAGAGAACUUUAAAGUGAAGACUCUUUUGACGCGAGACAACGCCAAUCUUCACUCCGAACUGAUUUCCCACAAUGUGGACGAGGUUCACAUGCUAAGGCCCUCUCAUUAUUUGCAUAAACGAGCUCCUGUUGUGAUGGACAAGUCAGAGGAAUUAAGAGAACAAAUAGCGAAGGAUUUUGACAUUGAUGACCCUUUAUUUGCUAAACAGUGGCAUCUAUUUAAUCCUCGUUACCCAGGACACGACGUGAACGUGUCGCAAGUUUGGUACGAUGGUAUCACUGGAAAAGGUGUAGUGACCGCCAUAGUUGAUGACGGACUAGAUAUGGACAGUAAAGAUCUCAAAGAAUCUUUUUGUGAGGAAGGAUCUUGGGAUUUCAAUGCCAACACUAGACUACCCAAACCAAGACUUAGAGACGAUCACCACGGAACCAGAUGUGCAGCGGAGAUUGCAGCUAAGAAGGGAAAUAAAUACUGUGGAGUUGGUGUGGCAUAUGAUUCAAAGGUUUCUGGCAUCAGGAUUCUUAGUGAUAAAAUCACACCAGAGGAUGAAGCUCUCUCCUUAAUCUACGGUCUUGAUGUCAACGACAUUUAUUCAUGUUCAUGGGGGCCAGCAGACAAUGGAAUCACAAUGCAAGGUCCCAGCUCGUUAGUCAAAGAAGCCAUGCUUAAAGGAGUUCAGGAUGGAAGAAAGGGUAAAGGUGCGCUGUAUGUAUUCGCCAGUGGAAACGGAGCAUCUUCUGGUGAUAACUGCAAUUUUGACGGGUACACCAAUAGCAUUUAUUCCAUAACAGUUGGGGCAAUUGAUAUUAAAGGGCUUCAUCCACCAUACGCUGAGGCUUGCUCUGCUGUGAUGACUGUCACAUACAGUUCUGGAUCGGGUGAGCACAUACACACAACCGACAUCAACGAUAAAUGUUCUGAUACCCAUGGAGGAACAUCCGCUGCUGCACCUUUAGCGGCUGGUCUUUAUUCUUUGGUUUAUCAGGCUAAUCCGGACCUGACUUGGCGAGAUAUUCAAUGGCUGACUGUUUUAACAGCCGUUCCUGUUAACGAACAGGAGCCUGGCUGGCAGAAGACUGCUAUCGGUAAGAUGUAUUCUCAUAAAUACGGAUAUGGCAAGAUCGAUGCAUAUGCACUGGUCAAUCUAGCAAGAUCUCCAGACUUCCCGUAUCUCAAACCACAAAGCUGGAUUUAUGGCACUGAGGUUCACGAAAGCUUGAAUACUUCCGAAGCUAACGGUGUGCUGACAUCCAAGUAUGAAUUGACCCAGGAGGCCAAAGAUCUAAUGAACUUUGAAAAAAUUGAGCAUGUUACGGUUACUGUAGAUAUAAAGGCGGCGGAAAGAGGUAAAGUUCUUGUUGAGUUGAUCUCCCCUUCAGGUGUUGUCAGUGAAUUGGCUCCCUAUCGAAGAAUGGACAAGGAUAAGGAAGGAUUUCCAAAUUGGACGUUCAUGUCAGUAGCUCAUUGGGGUGAAGACGGGUUAGGAGAGUGGAUAUUGAAAAUCACUAACAAAGAAGGAAAUUCUGUGGUGCUUAACUCCUGGCAAAUAAAAUUCUUUGGAGAAAGUCAAGACCCUGAAAAGGCUGAAAAAUUCUCUUUAACUAAGAAAUAUGACGAAAUAUUAGUCAACCCUCCAUCUUCAUCUACUUCCACGACAGUGGACACCUCAUCUACAGAAGCCACUUUUUCGUCUUCCUCUGUUUCAGAGGCUUCAGCCACGGAAACGGAUGUAAAAGAGACUUCUACAACCGGUGAUGAAGAUUUUGAGAAUGAGGAGGGCUCCUACAAGCAUUCUAACUCCUCUCAUAUUACUGAAUAUUUAGCUUUCCUUCUCGGGCUUGGAUUUUUGAUCUGUAUCAUUUUUCUGUUCACAAAUAGGAACAAGCUAGAGAGAAGACAGAGAAGAAAUCGAAGAGAUGAAUACGAGUUUGAUCUCAUCCCAGCCGAUGACGACUUUGAUACUGAAGAAGAUCAAGAAGCCAAUAGUCAAUUCACCUUGGAUUCCGAUGCAGAAUUGAUGUUUGAGGACACAUCUCAAAGAGAGGCUAGCCCACAUGAGUACCAAGACAGCUUAGGUUCUAAUGAACAUCCCAAACGUGCGGCAUUGUAA